AACCUCUUCGGUCAGAACUUAUCUCGUUUCUCAAACACAAUUCUGAUGUUUUCGCUUGGAAGCACGAGGAUAUAAAGGGUAUCGACCCCGGUGUUGCUAGCCACAAGUUGAACCACGAUCGAACCAUCCGGCCUGUUGUACAAAAGAGAAGAAAACUGGGGUCGGAUCGUCAUAAGGCGUUGGAAGAAGAAGUCAAAAAACUCAUCGACAACAAGUUCAUCAAGGAAGCCAAAUACCCGACGUGGGUCUCAAAUCCUGUUCUUGUCAAAAAGAGCAAUGGGCUAUGGAGACUGUGUAUCGAUUUUUCCAACCUGAAUAAGGCGUGCCCGAAGGACAGUUAUCCGCUUCCCCACAUAGAUUAUAUGGUUGAUGCAACUUCGGGACAUGAGUUGAUGAGUUUCAUGGAUGCUUACUCGGGCUAUAAUCAGAUUCCUAUGGAUCCUGAAGAUUCUGAACACACCUCAUUCUAUUCGGCCCGAGGCUUGUACUGUUAUACUAUGAUGUCGUUUGGGUUAAAGAACGCCGGAGCCACAUAUCAACGCCUCGUCAACAAAAUGUUCGCUACAUUGAUCGGUCACACUAUGGAAGUUUAUGUUGAUGACAUGGUCGUCAAGUCGGUGCACGCCUCUGAUCAUAUAACGCAUCUUCAAGACAUGUUCGCCAUCCUCCGAUCUUAUUCCAUGGUCUUAAAUCCUAAGAAAUGUACUUUUGGAGUUGAAUCGGGAAAAUUUCUGGGCUAUAUGGUCAGCCAGCGCGGAAUUGAAGCCAAUCCGGCUAAAAUAAAGGCCAUUCAAGAUCUAACUCCCCCGACCUCGGUUAAGGGUGUGCAGGCCCUAACCGGCCGACUUGCUGCACUCAACCGGUUCAUCUCCAAGUCUACAGAUCGUUGCACACCCUUUUUCGAAGCAAUCAAAAAAGGAAAACGUUUUGAAUGGACCGAGGAAUGCAAAAAAGCUCUCGUUAGCAUCAAGGAGACGCUUGCCUCUCCUCCGACUUUACAAAAGCCAAGACCCGAGGAAAUGUUGUUCUUAUAUCUCGGAGUCAGUGAUUCUGCCAUUAGCGCUGUUCUGAUACGUGAAGAAGAACUGUUGCAAUCACCUAUCUAUUAUGUCAGCAAAGCCUUGCACGACGCCGAACUGCGUUACCCUCCGAUGGAAAAGUUGGCGUUUGCACUUGUAAUAGCAGCCCAGAAAUUGCGACCUUAUUUCCAAAAACAUUCUAUAACUGUUCGCACUUCGUAUCCACUUCGGCAAAUCCUGCACCGACCUGAUACCUCGGGACGCAUGGUAAAAUGGGCCAUUGAGCUCGGACAAUUCGAUAUCCAUUAUCAACCGAGGACCGCGAUCAAGGCACAAGCCUUAUCUGACUUCAUUGCCGAGUUCACUCCGGCCAUAACAGUUCAUCAUGAUGAUCAACCAUGGGUCCUCUAUAUUUAUGGAUCUUCAACAGCCAACCGAGCAGGUGCAGGGAUAGUUUUAGCUGACCCGGAAAACCGGUUAUUCUGUCACUCGGUGAAGUUCCUCUUCCCGGCAACCAACAAUGAAGCCGAAUACGAAGACUUGCUAUCCGGAUUGAAUUUGGCGGAAUCCAUGAAC